CUAAUUUACUUCUCUCUCUCUCUCUCUCUCUCUCUAAACCCUACAUUUCUUUCUUUGAACCAGUUGUAGCUGCUAAAGCACCUCCACUUCCAGAGCUUGGACCUUUAGAAAAUGGAGGCUUUUUGGCUCAAUCUGGCAUCCCGUAGUCGAGCAAAAAAUCCUAGAUUCAUCUCUGUCUCUGAUUUCUUUUUUUCCUUUCUUUGUGGCUAAAGCAUUUCCAUCUUCAUAGCAGGGCAUUUUAAAUCUCUCUCUCUCGAAACUCUGGGUUUCUUUUAGGUUUGAACCGUAGCAUCUGCUGAAUCACCUCAAUUUUCAGAGCCGGAAACUUGAGAAGAUGCAGGCCAGAGGCUCACUGCGACCUCGAUUAGCCAAACGUUAUUCUAGCCAUGGCUGGGCGACCCCUGCUCUCUGUAUCUUGGUUACUUCUCUUCUCCUCCUAUACUCUCUCUUACUUCUACAUGCCCGCCUCUCCUCUGCUCCUCAGGUACAGCUUCUGUCUACCUCUCGUGAUCAAACCUCUAUAGAUUCAGAGUCCCCUCCAAACCCUAAUUUUGAGUCUGAUUUUGAAAUUAAUGGUGAAAAAUCAGAGAGAAAUUCCAGUGCUGUUAAUGGUGAGGGGGAUUCAGGGUUAGAAGAUGAAGAUUUAGGUGUUGAGGAUCGAAGGGACCCAUCUGAUGAAAUGGAGGACUUUGAUGGUUUUGGUGAUGAAAACAAUGAUCGGAUUGAUGAGAGUGAUGAUGGGGGUGAUGAUGAAGGGGAUCCUGGUCUCGAUGGGGUUAAUGCAAAAAAUUCGUCUGAUUCAGAAAGGAUUAAUGACAAAACUUCUAUACAUUCUGAUGGGAUUAAUGGUGAUAAUAUGCAGGGAAUUGAGGGGGUUAACUAUGGGAAAUCAAUGAAGCUUGGGGGAUUUGAUGAGAAUUUGGAUGAGAGGAUUGGUUUCAAUGAAAUUGCAAAGGGCAGUUUGAGGACUGAUAGAAAAGGGAAUUCUGGUUUUGUUUGGGACCAUGUAAUGGGGGUAAGUAGACGAGCUUUUACUAAGACGCCGUCUGAUGAAGAAAUUGAUGGUUUAUUGAAUCAAUGGGAUGAUUCUCUUGGUUUGGAUUUGGGUCUGAAUUUGGAUGAUAAAAGCAAAAUGGCAUUCAGUUCAGAUGAUCAACCAGUUGAUGACACUGUUCGCUCUAAAAUGCAGGAGAUUAACAAGGUAGAAGAUGCACUGCUUUUGAAAACUAGUGGUGGGUCUUCAACCUUAAGGGAUGGGUGGGCUCCUUGGUUUGAGAGCAUUCAAAAGAGGUCUUCGAAGGGGGAUUUUAUGAAGAGAGAUAGGGCUGUAAGGUCUACACUAGAAGUGUUGAAUCCUAUGAACAAUCCACUUCUUCAAGACCCAGAUAGUCCUGGUGUAACAGGGCUCACAAAGAGCGAUAAGCUAAUUCAGAAAGCCAUGAGGAGCAAGCUCGAAAAAACUCCUUUUGGUGUUGAGAAGACACCUGAGGUUAAGAGUUUUGAAAAUCAGGCGGGGAGAUUUCAGAUGAGUGAGGCUCAAAAGGUGAGAAGAAAACCCUUGAAUAAUAGUGUUGGCAAUACUACUGAAAUGAAUGGGGAGAACAAUGCUGAGAGUUUUAGGCAUUUGAGCUUGAGCAAGAAGGGAGAAAAUAGUACAGAUGACAUAAUUAUCAAGAAAAGGGGCAUGGUUGACACAGACAUGCUUAAUUAUGAGAAAAAUGAGUCUAGAGAAUCGAAUACAGUGAUAACCAAUGUGGAGUCUCAAGGUAAGCAAGAAAUUAAAACCUUGGAGCAUUCUCAUCAUGUUAAUGGUCGGAUAUGGGGCUACUAUCCUGGUCUAGAGCCUUCUCUUUCAUAUUCGGAUUUCAUGGAUCGGUUUUUCAGAUAUGGAAAGUGUUCCCUGCAAGUUUUCAUGGUGUGGAAUAGUCCACCGUGGUCUUACACAGUUCGCUACCAGCGAGGUCUAGAAAGUUUGCUGCACCUGCAUCCAGAUGCUUGUGUUGUGAUGUUUUCUGAGACAAUGGAGCUUGAUUUCUUUAAGGACUUUGUGAAGGAUGGCUAUAAAAUUGCUGUGGUCAUGCCAAACCUUGAUGAACUUUUGAAAGAUACUCCAACCCGUGUGUUUGCAUAUGUUUGGCAUGAAUGGAAAAAGGUUCCUCUUUAUCACAUUCAUUAUAGCGAGCUUCUACGCCUUGCUGCACUCUACAAGUAUGGGGGAAUUUAUCUUGACUCAGAUGUUGUAGUGUUGAAGCCUCUACAUUCACUUAACAAUUCCGUUGGUGUGGAGGAUCAACCUAAUGGUGGUGUUUCUCUCAAUGGUGCUGUAAUGGCUUUUAAACGACAUAGUCCUUUCAUUAUGAAGUGCCUCAAGGAAUUCUAUUCAACAUACGAUGAUACCUCCGUGAGGUGGAAUGGAGCAGAACUCAUUACAAGGGUUGCAGGUCGAUUUAUCGGCGAAAGGAACAAUAACGAGCUAAAGACAGUAUCACCUGUUAGAUUCUUUCCUCUUAGUCCAGCGAAUAUCACUAGAUAUUUCCGAGCAGCAUCUGAUGAGGCUGAGAAAGGUGAGCAAGAAUCAUUGUUUCAGAGGAUCAUCGAUGAAUCAAUUGCCUUUCAUUUUUGGAACAGUUUUACUUCAAGUCUGGUGCCAGAACCCGGAAGCCUUGUUGAGAGGCUUAUCAAUUACCAUUGUCUUCAUUGUCUUGAUAUAUUGUGAAUUUUGCAGUGAGUUUGGUGUUAUCGUUUAGGGAAAGUGAGAAAUCUCAGCUCAUAAGUUGCAAAUCUGAGCUUAACGAGUCAUUACCAAAGUUAGGAUACAAGUCAGCUGGGCUAUAGGAGGGCAAGAUCAAGAUACUCAAUAUUGAAAAAUCCAAAUCUCUUUCUUGAAAAUAAUCAUAUGGUAAUCAUAAGAUGGAUAUCAAAAUUUCAGAUAUAAAAUCUUCCCCAAUGGCCCUAUUGUUUGAGGGAGUUUUGUACUGGAGCAAGCUGUAUGUGCUCCACAAGAAUGUAAUAAUAAUGUGUAUUUACAAUGAAGUUCUCUACCAUAGUGGUCCCACAAGAAAGUUUUCUACUUA